UACUCAGCUUUUAGAGGGUAACGAUGUGUAUUCAUAAAAAGUUGAAAGCGGCACUCUUUCGUUCCACCCAUACCAACAGCUUUGGCAUGAGCUUUGCUUUGACCCCACUGACCAGCUUAGCCGGCGCCGCCCCUGUGAGAGUGAAAAUGGCGAAGAGUAGCACAGUGAGCAGCGCAGAGAAGCUGGUGGAAUCGGCGAUGAAAGGCAACGAUGCAUCCCACGACGCCGCCCAUGUCUUCAGGGUUCGAGACCUCGCUCUCUCUCUUGCUCGCGAGGACGGCCUCUCUUCCUCUCCCGAUUCUAUGGAAAUCGUAGAGCUUGCUGCGCUCCUCCAUGAUAUAGGAGACUACAAAUACAUGAGAGAUUCAUCAGAGGGGAAAAUUGUUGAGGAAUUUUUAGAGGCCGAGGGUGUAGAUGAGAGCAAGAAGAUAAAGAUACUAAGCAUCAUAAAGGGAAUGGGUUUCAAAGAGGAAGUUGAAGGAUAUGCAGAUAGUAAACAUUCUGCAGAAUUUGGUGUUGUGCAAGAUGCUGAUCGUCUUGAUGCAAUUGGUGCUAUUGGAAUUGCUCGUUGUUUGACUUUUGGUGGAAGUAGGAACAAUGUGCUCCAUGACCCGAGCAUUCUGCCGCGAUCAGAUUUGUCCAAGGGACAGUACAUGGAGAAAAAUAAGCAAACUACUAUGAAUCAUUUCCACGAGAAGCUUCUGAAGCUGAAGGAUCUGAUGAAGACAAAGGCUGGGCAGAGGAGGGCCGAGAAAAGGCACAAGUUCAUGGAGGAUUUCCUGAAAGAGUUUUAUGAAGAAUGGGAUGGGAGGUCCUGAAUAAGGUAUUAUUUGUUGCCUGUUUAUUCCCUCUAUGGCAAUCAGCUUUCUGAUCGUUUGACUUGGCCCAUGACAAAUUCCACGGUCUUUCACAUACCUGGUUUCGGGCCUGUCCCUCCUGCUGUUGAUGGAAUACAUAUAUUACCCUUGGCACAUUUAGGUUUCAUCAAAAUAGCCUGGUUACAGUAAUGGCCAUCUCAUUAGAUAUGCUCUGUUCAUACUCCAUGACUUGACAAAUGUGUGUCCAUUCCUGGAAUUCUAUUGUUCACCUUAUGGUUCAACUAUGAUGAACUUUGUGCCUCAAGUAUCAGACUCUGUUUCCAUUUGUUUUGUGGCUUAUUUCCUGUACUCGGUUUGAUGCUGUUAUCAAUGCUUAAAACAUGUUUAGGAAUAAUUGUUUAAGAUUUGCGACUUUUGGUCAUGGUAUAGAUAAGCAUAUUUGCAUUGUGGCUCAAA